AUGCCCGGCAGUGAUAACCAACUUGGGCCGCUAAACUUACAUGGUGUUUUCAGAUUGGACAAUCUCAUUUCAGGACGUAACAAUGCGGCGAACCCACUUCGAUUUUAUAGCGCAACAAUUCUAGUCACAAACGACGGAUUCUUACCGAAAACUAUACUUAUCGCUGAUGAUAUGUUUACCACAGCACUUUCGACAGGCGUAUUGUACGAAGUCAGCGGAUCUGUUGUGAACCGUUUCCAUCAAUAUCCCCCAAUUAUAUUUCCGGACUAUCAAACGUUACCGCCAAGAAUGGUGUUGUACCCUUGUGUUGCGGACGUGUCGGAUGAUAUCAAUGUGGCAGGUGUUGGCAAAGUUAUCAAAGCGACACUUCGGGAGUUUUGGAAGGACACAGCCCUGGUCGUGGCUCAUGAGGAUUGGGAUGCAUCGGAUCUGACCUGGGUCAAAUUUGUCUGCGAGUACAUUUGCCACCACGCGUCGCUAGAAGGGGUCCAGGAUGUCGAGAACCUUCUCGGUAAGAAAGUCCGCAUCUGCGGUUGCAUCAGGGGCUUUUGCGAGGUCAGAGAUUCUUGGAUCAUUACGAAUCAUUUAACGCUAUCAAUUUAUACAUACGCAUACAAUGCAAUGAGUUUUGAAAAUUGUAUUCCUUUUUAUGAGAAGGUUCGCGCACGUUGUCAAUUCACACUGAUAUGCAAAGUGUUCACGGGUACGGAGAUUCCCUACGUUCGUAUCUGUCGGCGGAAAACAAUAAAUUUACGGAAGGUCGCGAGGACCAAUCCGUUCUGA